AUGGUGACAACGAAAAGGGGACGAGGGCGGCCGAAAUCAACGGUGCCACCGUCACCGGAAACUCUCACUAACUUGAAGACACUUGAGCCUGAAUCAAGUAACACCACUAUUAGUGUUCAGAAACCUGGGAAUGUUUCAGGAACCAUCGCCGGAGAAGACAAAGCUACUACAAAUGCGCUGGCGAGAGAGAACAGUGAAACCCUAACAGAACCGUCAAAAACCUAA